AACGAAGCUGCUCAAAUGUAGAAACCAGUGAAUGAAAUGCGCCCAAAAAAAGACACAUUUUGCGAAUGGAAAUGAUGGAUGUGAUGAUGGAAAACCGAUAGCCUACUUCUCCCUGUGUGUCUAUGUGUUUGCAGCGGGGCGCGCGUUGGCGCCCCCGUGCGGCCCAACUCGCAUUUCCGUGACGUCAAUCCAGCACUGGGAAAAGAGACAGCUCCCUCCCCCAAAAAACCCAGCGCGCCUCACGUUGCAUGGGUCCCCGGUUAUUGAUAACACAAUUUGCCCGCUGGGAUCCAUCCCAGUAGCGUGAAACUCGUGGAUAUAGGAACUGGAGAUACAAGAGACAUCCCUGGACCGAAGAACAACAACGAUUUGCUCAUUAUCACCGACAAAAUAGGAAAGCCGAGCCCACCCCUUCACUUGACAACGCGGCAUCAACCAGGCAGAAAGGCUUACUUCUCAUCCUUCCAUCCUCCAUCCACCCUAACCUGCUGUGUUGGGGAAACCCCUGAUGAGUGGGACCUGUAUCCAUGAGCCCCGCGCCCCUUCCCCCUCCCUGUCAGGCUUCAGCACCCCCAUCUCAGAGCCCCCCUAUCGAAGACUCGAUGGAGACACCCCUGCCUGCACCCCCGAAACGGACCUGACCCCCACACAGUGUGUCCUCCGUAACGUGCUGUCCAUCGACACCGGUGGACAGGGGGCGCCGGGCGGCAGCAGCCCCACUCCCAGUGAUGGACCCUCGGCCCACUUUGACAACAGCGUGCUAAAACUGCAUGAACAUGAGGUCUGCCAGUGCGGCGGCGGGGCUGAGGCAGGACACAGCCCAGAGGCUGGCGCUGUUCGGAGCCAGUCGGAGAACAUUCGGCUACAAUCAGGAAGUGGAGGUUUUUUGGAGGGACUGUUUGGCUGCCUAAAACCAGUCUGGACCAUGAUUGGAAAGGCCUACUCCACUGAACACAAACAUAGCCAAGAAGAGUCCUGGGAAGUUCCUUUUGAGGAAAUCUCAGACCUGCAGUGGGUGGGCAGCGGGGCGCAGGGGGCCGUCUUCCUCGGCAAGUUCCACGGAGAGGAUGUGGCUGUAAAGAAAGUGCGGGACAUCAAAGAGACAGAGAUCAAACACCUCCGCAAACUCAAGCACCCCAACAUCAUCACUUUCAAGGGCGUGUGUACCCAGGCUCCUUGUUACUGUAUCUUGAUGGAAUAUUGUGCCCAAGGCCAACUGUAUGAGGUGCUGAGGGCGGGCCGAAAAAUCACCCCUUCCCUCCUGGUCGACUGGUCCAUGGGCAUCGCGGGCGGCAUGAACUACCUACAUCUCCACAAAAUCAUCCACCGAGACCUCAAGUCCCCAAACAUGCUGAUAACACACGACGAUCUGGUGAAGAUCUCUGACUUCGGCACCUCAAAGGAGCUGAGUGACAAGAGCACCAAGAUGUCAUUUGCUGGCACUGUAGCCUGGAUGGCUCCUGAAGUGAUUCGGAAUGAGCCAGUGUCAGAGAAGGUGGACAUCUGGUCUUUUGGAGUGGUGCUGUGGGAGAUGCUAACCGGGGAGAUCCCUUAUAAAGACGUAGACUCAUCUGCCAUCAUCUGGGGUGUGGGAAACAACAGUCUGCAGCUGCCCAUACCGGAGAGCUGCCCCGAUGGCUUCAAGAUCCUCCUCAGACAGUGCUGGAACUGUAAGCCCAGGAACAGGCCUUCUUUCCGUCAGAUCCUUCUUCAUCUGGAUAUAGCGUCAGCUGAUGUACUGUCCACUCCACAAGAGACGUACUUCAAGUCUCAGGCUGAAUGGCGAGAAGAGGUGAAACAGCACUUUGAGAAGAUUAAAUCUGAGGGUACUUGUCUCCACCGACUCGAUGAGGAGCUGAUCAACCGACGCAGAGAGGAGCUCAGGCAUGCGUUGGACAUUCGCGAGCACUAUGAGAGGAAACUGGAGAGGGCUAACAACCUUUACAUGGAGCUCAGCGCUGUCAUGCUGCAGCUGGAGCUCAAAGAGAAAGAGUUGCAGAGGAGAGAGCAGUCUUUGGAUAAAAAGUAUCCCGGCUUGUUUAAGCACCAUAGCUCCAGACAGAGCAGCUCCUCAAACUCCAUGGACAAACUCAUCAAGAAGAGAAAUGUCCCACAGAAACUGCCCUCAGGGAAGAGGCCAGACAUCCUCAAGUCUGAGGUAAUCAUUCCCAAAAUGGAUUCCUCUGUAAUGCAAGUCACUAUCCCAGCCUGCCCCAACAGAAGCUCCACCUCUCCCAGCCGGUCUCGGAGGGUAAAGACCCGUCAUCGCAAGCCCGGUAAGGGCAGCAGUGGGGACCUGGCUGGACUCAAGGCGAAUCAGUCCUCCCCUAACAGGGACACAACUGCCCAGGCUAACAGUUCUACCACUAACACCUCCAAGCAGCUCCUGGAGCCCUCUGCAGCCCUGCGGGGCCUCAGCCACGAGCAGCAGCAGAGGCAGCUAUCCUCCUCCAGCCCUGACCUCAUCUGCACCACGCUAGAGGCGGAGGGCCAGGGGAAAGGGGACGCCUCAGUGGGCGGGCUGGAGAGAGGGGGGAGCCUCAGUGCCUCUGCGGGUUUAGGGGGUUCAGAGGCGGGUGCGGCCGGCCUGGAUGAUCUCACAGAAACCCCUCCACGUAGCGACACUCCCAGCGAGGAUGCCGCGUCGUUCCCAUUCUCCAGCAGCCCAGACUCGCCGUGCGGGAGGGGGGUGGCGGCAGGACGGGGAUCUCUGGGAUCUCCGCGACUGCCUCACGACGGGGAGGACAAAGAGGAGGGAGCCGGUGCUGUGAGGUUGCCUCGGGGAGCGUCAGGGGGAAUUGGGAGUCAGCACCUUACACCUUCAGCCAUUCUAUACAGGGCAGCUAUCACACGCAAGCAGAGGCGUGGAGUGUCAUCAGAAGAGGAGGAGGGUGAAGUUGACAGUGAGGUUGAGUUACCACGGAGACGACGUCCGACGAGCAUCACCAAGUGUCAGUCGGUGUCCACCUUCAGCUCAGAGAACCUGUCGGUAUCAGACGGAGAGGAGGGCCACACCACCGACCACUCUCACAGCGGCACCCCCGACGUGGUCAGCACCAACACCGACGACAGGUUAGACGACCGCAGCGACGACCUCCUCUCUCAGGGGUCUGAAAUCCCGGCAGACAACACCGAUCCCGCGCAGGCUUCUGAUGGCCUGUCGGAGAGAGACGGAGCGCUGGGUCAGGCGAAAACUCAGCUGGAUGCUGGGCAGAAUCCAAAUGAGAGUCGGGCUCUGUGUGAUGACUCUGACUGUGACAGUGCCGAGCUGGAUCAGUCAGGCAGCGGAGAGCCCAGCCGCCCCCCGAGUGCUGGAGCGUGGGCACCGCCAUCUCAACCCUAUCAGGGGUCUCCACAGGCGCCCCAUACAGGACCUCCGUAGAUCACUUGGACACUAGCAAAGACCUCUGGCUACCCUACAGUGAACAACCAUCACAGGCGUACACCAAUCUGUCAGUGCAGUACAUUACUGUUGUCAUGAGGGAUCACACCUACUACACCAUUCAGACUAUGACAAGUUGACUUAUGGUGUCUCAUAAGUUUGUUGGCUGGCAAACAUACAUCAGAUGACAUAGGGCAUUUGUCAUAACCUGACAUCAACUAUUUUGGCAGCUUGUGACAUCAGAUAAAUGUCAUUUAAGUUCAGUAGGGUUUUUUUUAGGCAGAAUAGUUACCAAGGUAACCUUAGCCACUGCUCCAGUUCAGCAAAAACCCUUUCACAGACGCACGCACAAGAAGAUACCACACUUGUAGUCCUUUAAACACUCUAACCCUCACUCUGGGAGCAUCCGUCAUGAUACUCCACACACUAAUGCAUCAAAUACUAAUGAAUAAUAAUGUAAAUAUCCAUUACAUACACAUGAGAAAUAUCUAACUUUAUUUUAUUUGUAAGAUAAAAAUGUAAGACUAAACGGUAUGCAGCCCUGUGAACAAAUGCAUGACUACAUGUUUAUAAUUUAUGGUUCGAAUGUGUCCGUUUUAUAUUUUGUGAAAGUUUACACUUUUUUAAUCCUGAAAGUAUUAACUUGAGUUAUUUUGGUUUUUGUUAAUAAAUGUAAGCACUCAAGAAAAAAAAGGAAAAAAAAGUCAAAAUGGAAUGAAAAUCUCAUCAGGACAUGGACCAUGAUGCAUAAUUAGGGUUCUCAGUAGGCGAUACAUUUUUUUUUAACCCUCCUACUACUGAGUUUCAAAUACACAUAAGACAUGUGUGAGGUUUUUAUUAAGCUUAUCAAGUUUGUGAUAAGAUGGGAGACCUCUGGGUUCACUAAAAAUGCCCUUCUGUCGUUGUACUGUAGACAUUCAGUUGCUAGUUAGCAACUGUUUAGCAACUGCCAGUUUAGCUAGGUACACCUAGCUAAAACUAAGGCAGUCGAAUACAACAGUCCUGCACUAAAUCUUACCAUAAUUGUGUCAGAGAAGUGUUGAUUCAACUGUAUGAUCAUUUUCGAGGAUGUAGUUUGAAUUGUGUUGCAUUAUAAAGGGGGAGCUGUUAUUUAGCCUACCGUCAUUGACAUAAAUAAUAAAUACUGAGAAUAAUAGUAUAAUACAACACAAACCAACAGAACCACAAACUGGGGCUUCCAAAAUGACCAGACUGUUAAAUCAACAUCUCUCUAAAAUAGAGUCAGUUAAAAAUAAACAUAACCUUCAUGAAUUUAGCAGUUAUUGCAGGACUGUUGCAUUAGACUGUUCUAGUUUUAGCUAGAUGUAAUAAACUGGCAACUGAGUGAAUACUGGUUUUGCUCUACUGGUUUCUGAAAAAUUGAUGGAUCUUUUGGUUGUGUAAUAUUUGUAGGAUGUGCAUUUGAAAAGGCAGUGAAUGUGUUCACAGCGAAUGACCUACUCUGACAUGCACUAGCAUCACUAACCUCUCCUUCAACUAACUCAGCAACAAACACCGGUGCACGUGUGAGUUCAGCCAGUAGAACUGAACCAGAGAUUUUUUCUUAACAAUUCCAUGCAUUCUUUAUCUUUGUCUGAACCUACUUACAGUACAACACGAUGGACAACCGUUCAUUUUCACACUUGUAGUCUUCAACUCCAACUGGCGCUGACUCAUGUGACGUCACUUGAGGCAGCGUCUGUUGUAAAAAAAACACAAAAGCUGUUACACAACAUUUUUUUUUUAAAAACAUAAUAUGUGGCAAUUUAGUACUCCCAAAGACCUCUAAAAUCAUUGUUGAUGUGUAAAAUAGGUGAAGUCCCCCUUUUAGUACUGAACCAAAAGGAGUCCUAUAGCUCACGAUGCUGACAGGCUUCAUAAAAACCUCAACUGUACCUUUUACCCUUUAAUAUUACUGCGGAAGUAGCCAGAUAAGGAAUAGAGCACUUCUCUGUGGUGGUUACUAGUAGAACAGUAAGUAUCCUUUGGGUUUGAAUAGAAAUGUUUUGUUUUUAUACAGCAUUGCACAUUGUACCUGUAACAUAGGAGUUAUAUCGAAAGCAAAAUAUUAUGAGCAACAAUAAAUAAUGUAUUGGUUAAAAAAGAAAAACCAACAAAGCAAAACGUGUGUUGUUUGUUUAAAAAAAAAAGAUGGGCCAUGUUAUAGCUACAGUUUGUGCUGUUGCUGCGUCACAUAAGACAGCUGAACGAGAAAUAAAUGACUAUUUUCAAUGACUUUAAGCAUGUCCAAACGGAUCCAGUGUCAUUUCUUGAUUUAGAAAGCUUUCUUACAACUUAAUAAAUCAGUUAAUUACUCCUCAUUGACCAGUUCUUCAUAAGAACAGCUUUUGGGUUGCCAGGUUGUGGAGAAAGCUCUUUAAUUCAUUAAUUCAUUCAAACCAAUGGAGUAUUUGAUCACUUAUCUCCAGGAAAACAGCUCAUUAACAUUUAUAACUGCAGACUUAAUGGAUUCAUAAGUUAAUAAAACGUGACUUACUAGAGAGUAAGGAACAUGAAACCCUUUGUUGGUGACUUACUAUCAUUUCUAACUGCAGACUGCCCCAUGAAUUUAAGAGCUAGCAAAGUGUCAUGCUGGUGGACAUCCAAGUUAUCAGUGUUGCUAAUGGCUUAUAACUGAUCAGUAAUGUAUUAGUUAAUGGUUUAUUAACCAUUAAUAAAACCAUUAAUCGCAGCUUAUAAAGCUUUUAUAGAUGGUGCCAUUUCAGGAGGACCCCACAAGUUUGACACUGAUAACAGGUUAAUAAAGGUGUCUUGUCAGAUGCCUUUAUGAAUAACUUACAAUAUACACAAUAUAAGAAUGACCUACAAUCUUUUAAGCAUUUCACAUCUUUUUUUAUUUCUGCAUUUCAUUUCUUCAACAAUUUAAUUGCACCCAGAUCUACAAUAGUUUGAAAACGUGCACAAAAACGUGAGUUUCUUCAUCCUGCAAAGAAUAAUAAAAAAUAAAAUCUGACCCAGGCAAAAAAGGAUAGCAGGAAACUAGUGUUAAUUCUAUAAUUCUCCUUCUAGUUAAUCAUAAUUUAAUACCUCAGCAUAAUAUACUUAUAAAGACCAAUAUGUCUUGUAGUUUUGCCCCUUGCAGCAUUCCCCAGCCCUGCAGUUAAAAAAAAUAUUUUCUCUAUUUAAAACAAACAUUUCAAUGUUAUUAUUAUAAUCAUCAUCAUCAUUACUAUGGUCUUAGUAAUUUCAGAGAAAAGAAAAUAUUUUCCUCUCAUUCAGGCCCACUCCUAGUCACCAAGGCCCACCCACCCUUAUCAGAAUCCAAUACACAACAAUGCUCAAAAGUCCUGAUUGAGAAAUAAAACGGAUGGAAA